AUCUGAAGAGGUGAUGUUUUUGGGAUUACGAAGAACUUAGAAAUACAUAUUUAAACAAUUUUUCCUAAACAUAGACACGUCUCAAAAUUGUGUUUCUCUGACAUUGACAAUGUGUGGAUGUAAAACUAAUUAGCUUCUGUUUCUUGAACGUUGUCUUGGUUUUUCUCUCUUGACAGGUCUCGCGUAUUUACUUACUGCUCGUAGUUCUGUGCAAUAAGUGCAGUAGGAUUAUGCGGUGUUUCUUUGUUCUUUUUCUUUUUCGAACGACCAGCCUUUUCAUUUGAGUCACCAUGCAGGUUGCAGUAAGCGCUCCAGGGCGUUUAAUAAAGUCCUCACUUAGAGGGCUGUUGGAUUUCAGGGUUCAUAAAAUAAUACGAAGAAAACAAAGCGACAGCGAUGGCUUUUUUGUCAGACACCGCUGGAUGAAAAAUGCACCAUCUGUCUGCGUGUUCUGCUGUAGACAAUACAGUUCUCGAGAAAAGGUAAACCUUGACAUGUCUAUAUUUCCUGUGGACAAAAUUCGAAAUUUUAGUAUCAUAGCACAUGUAGAUCAUGGGAAAAGUACCCUUGCCGACAGACUACUGGAAAUAACAGGGGCAAUUGCCACGACAGAACGUAAUAAACAAGUCCUUGAUAAGCUACAAGUGGAGCGAGAAAGAGGAAUCACGGUGAAAGCACAGACUGCAUCUCUGUUUUAUACGCACGAAGGGCAGACCUACUUACUAAACCUCAUUGACACACCAGGUCAUGUUGAUUUUAGUUAUGAGGUCGCCAGGUCUAUUUCAGCUUGUCAAGGUGUACUUCUGGUGGUUGAUGCAAAUGAGGGCAUUCAGGCACAAACGGUGGCAAACUUUUUCCUGGCGUUCGAAGCCCAGUUAACCAUUAUUCCAGUUAUUAACAAGAUUGACUUGAGAAAUGCAGACCCAGAGAGGGUUGAAAAACAGAUUGAAAAAAUCUUUGAUAUUCCUAAAGAAGAUUGUAUAAAGAUUUCUGCUAAAUUAGGAACCAAUGUUAAUCAAGUUCUUCAAGAAGUUGUGAAGAGAAUCCCACCGCCAAAUGCAAAUCCAGAAGAUCCACUGAAGGCACUAGUAUUUGAUUCCACGUUCGACCACUAUAGAGGUGUCAUCGCCAAUGUAGCACUGUUUGGAGGAAAUGUUUGUAAAGGAGACAAGAUUGUAUCUGCACACAUGGGCAAAACUUACGAAGUGAAUGAGGUGGGAGUCCUCAGACCUCAGGAACAUCCAACAGAUAAGUUGUAUGCUGGGCAGGUGGGCUAUGUGAUUGCUGGGAUGAAGGAAGUCAAGGAGGCUCAGAUUGGAGACACAUUUUAUUUGCAGAAGCAACCAGUGGAACCACUGCCAGGAUUCAAACCUGCCAAACCAAUGGUUUUUGCUGGUAUAUAUCCUGUGGACCAGUCAGAGUACAACAACCUGCGGAGUGCUGUUGAGAAGCUAACCCUAAAUGACUCUAGUGUGACUGUGCAUAGGGACAGCAGUCCGGCCUUAGGAGCUGGCUGGAGGUUGGGAUUUCUGGGUCUUCUCCAUAUGGAAGUGUUUAACCAGCGUCUGGAGCAAGAGUACAAUGCCUCUGUUAUUGUAACUGCCCCAACUGUACCAUAUAAGGCUCUUCUUGCAUCAGCAAAACUCAUAAAGGAGUACGGUGAAGAGGAGGUUACCUUUGUCAAUCCGACUCAGUUUCCUGAUAGAUCUCAAGUCUUGGAGUACUUGGAGCCUAUGGUUGUUGGCACAAUAAUUACACCAGACGAAUUUAUUGGAAAGAUUAUGACAAUGUGUCUUAAUCGUCGAGCUGUGCAGAAGAACAUGCUUUAUAUCGAUGAUCACAGAGUUAUGAUGAAAUACCUCUUUCCUCUUAAUGAAAUUGUAGUGGACUUCUAUGACCAUCUAAAGUCUCUGUCUUCUGGAUAUGCCAGUUUUGACUAUGAAGAUGCUGGAUACCAGCCCGCAGACCUUAUUAAACUGGACAUUUUGUUAAAUGGAAAGCCAGUGGAGGAGCUUACAACUAUUGCACACAAAGAAAAGGCCUACGCUGUUGGAAAAGCAAUGUGCGAACGACUUAAGGACUCCAUACCGAGACAACUGUUUGAAAUAGCCAUUCAGGCAGCACUUGGCAACAAAGUCAUUGCAAGAGAGACCAUCAAAGCUUACAGGAAGAAUGUACUAGCAAAAUGUUAUGGUGGUGAUAUAACACGCAAAAUGAAACUCCUUAAGAAGCAAGCAGAGGGCAAAAAGAAGAUGAGAAGAAUUGGCAACAUAGAAGUUCCAAAAGAUGCAUUUAUAAAUGUGUUAAAAAGAAAUGAUAAAUAGAAAGACAUUUAAAAAAUCUGUACAUUGCAUCUCAUGAUGAAAGAGAAUAGCAGAAUACAAAACAAAUAAACCUUGGAAGAAA